UUGGUCGGGAAGAGUUCAGCAACGCGAUGUCGUCCCUUUGGAGGAGGCUCAUCAACGAUCCCAACGCGUUCCCACCGGAGUUCUGGACUCUUUGGAAACAAUCCAGUCUAAUCGCCCUCGGUGAAAAGUGCCGUCCAGUGUGCAUUGGAAUGACUUGGAGAAGGCUGAUUGCAGCGGGAACGGUCAGGGAGUGGAAACCGAAACUGGAAGAAAUAUUUCGGGAAGCGGACCAAUUCGGAGUGGCGGUAGCUGGAGGAGUUGAACAAGUUGCGAUGGACGCACAACUGGUUCAUCAGACAGGUCAUUGGGUAGUCCAGACGGAUUGCUCAAAUGCCUUCAACACGGGCAAGCGCACCGCCAUAAUGGCCAAGGCCGCAAAGAGCGUCCCAAAUCUCGUGGGGUACAUCGCCAGGUGUUACGACGAAAUCUCGGCAAAGUCGAUAUACGCGAUGGACUCCGGAGAGCGUCGGACGAUCGAGUGCAAGAGCGGUGUGCAGCAAGGAGAUGGAAUGGGACCGCCCCUGUUCUUCUUCAUCCUAUUCCCGAUCGUCUUGAAGCUUAGAGCCAAGUACGACCACCUCGGGGUAAGCUUGAAAGCUUAUAUGGACGACAUCAGCCUGCACUUCAAAAAUAUCACAGCGGAAAAUAUCCAGGUGAUACCGGACCUCGUCGACGAACUAGAAGCUGUGGGCAUCAUCGUCAACAGGGGGAAGAGCUCAGCGCUUCCCCCACCAGGGCACGACGUGACGCCAGCAGAAAGGAGGCUACUUGGCGAUGCAGGCCUACCGAUUGCGGAGGAGGGCAUCACAGUUGUGGGAGUCCCCAUUGGGACGGAUGCCUACGUCGAGGAUAUCGCAAUGAAAGUGUUAACUGAAGGGGGUGCAGACAAGCUUGCUCGCAUGCUGGUGCACAUGCCAGACAAACAGGUGGCUCACCUCGUCACAUCACAAUCGCUCACACAGCGAUCCGGAAAUAUCGAGAGAGGCAUCAAUCAUAAGCUAGUGAGAGGGGCUUGUAAACGCCUGGACAAUAUGGUGAUGUGGGUCCUAGAGGCAACGAUGGGGCUCAGAGACACCGAAGUCGAAGAAGAGUUCUUCCAAGACGACUGCCAGCCUGACCGCUUCAAGUUAAAGCCCUAUCAACAAGCCCAGGCGCGCCUGUCGACAGGAGCCGGAGGACUAGGAUUACCAGCAGCCGUUAUGCGAAGGUUCUCAGCUUCUCUGGGCAACCUAGUCGGCACCCUUCCUGCGGUUAUAGCCGCGUUACGGGGUCCAUUGGGAGAGUCGGUGAGAGUUCGGAUACCGGGAACCGUGUUGGUGGAGCGGAUGGGGGACGCUAUCAAAGAACUCAACCAGGAGCAUGGAGUAUCGGUGGAGAUUCUGAAGGGGAUCCUUCCCCCGAAAAUGGUUGAGUGAGCUUUAGAACCGGCAGGAGA